UUUAGUUGGUUUCGUCUUCUCUCGCUCGCUCGUUCGCUUGUACGCUCACUUGCUCGCUACAUUGUCCGCUCGAAUGCAUCUGAAUAUAAAUGUUAAUUAAUUAUUCUACCAUUUCGUCAAGAGACGCCAAAAGACGUGUGCGUCGUUAUGUCCAUUAAAUUAUAAAUUCGGGAUAAGCCCAGUCAAGCUUAAGAUUCCAUAAAAGCAUCAGCCCGCAGUGCUAGUGACUUCACUUUGUGCCAGGUCAGGGCGAGGUAAAGAAAGCCUCAUCGCAAUCAAAAUCAAAUCCAAUAUCGAAAUAAAAACCAAACAACAGCAUCAACAACAAAAACAAACAAAGUGUCCAUGAGUUAGUAACUAAAGUGAAAAGCCAAGCGACUAACUACAAAAAAAAAAAAACGAAAAAAAAACGUGCAAACGAAUUAAUCCAAGCGACACAUCAUCAAGGCAUAACAGGAAAAAAAAUAUUAAUAAACAGCGGCAUUUAAAAAAUUUUAGUCGUGCCAAUUUGUUAAUAAACACAAUCUAUACGCAAGGCGUAUAACAGAGAAGCAGAAAACAACUAGCAAUAAGUUAAGGCAACACGAUCGGAUCGAUCACCUGCACCCAAAACAUCAGUGACACAGACGACUUAACAGCCAAAGAAAAAAUCAAAAGAGUCGUUCAAGAAAAUGCCUCCCAUGUGGUGGAAAUUGGUGAAAAUUGUCUUGCUGCUCUUUGCGCUAUUCACAACGAUAGUUUGUAUCAAUAGUGAAAUAACCAAGAGACGCGAAGCCGAAGCAGCAGCAGCAACAUCAUCGCCAUCAUCAUCAUCAUCAGCAGCAGCAGCAGCAGCAGUAACGACAUCUAUCCCCAUAGAUACCACAGCUUUCAUGUCUGACAGUCUGUUGAGUAUCAUGCGUAACAAGGCCAGGAAUCACAAUGAUGAGAAGGAGAUGGAGGUGAAGACGAAUAAUCAGCAGGAGACCCAGAAGGGGCCACACUUAACCACACCAACAGUUUGGCAUGAGUUGCCAGCAGAGGAUAUCGAAGCACGUGUUCUUUCCAUUUUCAAAGUGAGCGAUGGCGAAGGUGUGAUGCUUUUCAAUACAACGACGUUCUCAGACGAUGCACCUCCUUUCAUGCCCAUACCCACCAUGCUUGGCGAUCAGCCAGCAACUGCAUCGCCAACUUCAACCUCAACUGCAACUGCAACUGCAACGGCAACAGAACAAUCAAAGCCGUCACACAAGACCACCCAAUCUCAGUCCCAGCCAACACAGUCACAGCAUUAUCAUCAAUAUCACAGUUUGAACCAUGAGGAGCAAUCCUUCAAAGUUCAGCGAUCUCCGGAUGGCAAGCUGAAUCUUGUCUUUACCGAUCCGCUUAUAUCUUUGCAGACUACCCAGACUAUGGCGCAGCAGCCACCACAGCAGCCGCAUACGCCACGUAAACCCAUAUCGGAUUCUUUUGUCUUUCCCGGUCCAGCAGAUAGACAUAGACCGUCAACAGUGCCAAUUAUUGAUACGGGCGAUCACGAGUGUGUGGAUGGUUUCAAUCAGAGUCGUUCAUUCUGCACCAAGGUCAACAAUUAUCCCGAUAUAUCUGCCCUCAAGGGUGUGCUAUUGCGUAAAUUUCCUAAUCUAUUUAUUGACGAACAACCGCCCACUGAUGUAGGAUUGAGAAUGCAAGAUGAUGAAUUGCAUCUGUGCAAUAGUCGUACGCGUUAUCUGUAUCCUAAAUUGGGACAAAGAUUGGAUCUAACAUGGCAAUAUAUUGUCAAUACAGAGGAGCUCAAGCAGGGUAUACUCAUAGAGGAAUGCGAGGGCGAGAACGAGAGUUGCUUGUUUUUGGAUAGCUUCCCACAAAAUUAUACACCCGUUUGCAAGCAACAUUAUGUGAUAAGACAUUUGGCCACCAUCAACAAUGGCAGCCAAGGGACACCCGAGGUGGCCAAUGAACCCUUCAAGAUACCCUCCUGCUGCAAAUGUGUGCUCAAGCCAAAGACGUUAGGCGGCUCCUGAGGAUACUGCCUAUAGCUAUGGAUAUGCGCGUAUGUGAUUAGAGCAACAAGUUUCAUCCACCCACCACACAGAAUGGCAGGCCAAACUGUCCAAAAGGGUUUUUUGUUUGGUUUUGUACCUUUUGUUUUAGUCUACACAUGGAACAAAAAGCCCAGGAAAUGAGAAAAAACCCGUCUCUAUGUCUAAUCUAACUAAUGCUAAUUAAAUGCAGAAAUAUAAAUUUAAUAGUUAUGUAAAUUUUUAAAUUCAUAUUAUUAUUACCAUGUAACAUUCGUGUCAUAUUUCUUGUAAUCUAUUUAAAUGUAACUUUCAUGUCUAUGUAAUUCUAAUGCACCUAAUUAGUCCUAGUGAAAAACUGUAUAAUAAAUGUAUGCAAAGUA